AUGCUGAAUGCUGUGAAUAUUGAGGCCAAGCAAGCGCUUGCACUCAACCAGAGCAUCACCCGAGAGUCAUCGUUGUCCCAGGUUCUGCAAAUUGUCUUUGACAGCUUGAAGGAUGCCAUCCCACAAUCGUGGGUUGCUUUGGCUGCAGAUGUGAGCGAAAUGCUGGUUGUCCGACUCGGGUUCGUGCCAGAGGCUGAAAAGCUCUUCUUGAGCCGCAAGGACUUGCUGGAGAGAUUCAUUUCGCUCAGGCCGCAGUACGCGCUGACAAUGCUCCGCGACCUUGGCAAGUUGAACAAGACUACCUUUGGACCAAGCGUGAACUUACUUGUCAGCUCACUCCAGGUUGACAUCACGAAUUCCAUGAAGCUGGCAGCCUCAAAGGGGAAAACCGACGCAACGGCUGCUGCGGCUGCAGCGGCUGCAGACCAAGCAGCUUCAGCUUGUCCUGAAACAUGGUCGAGGAACUGGGCAAGCCUGUUGAAUUCCAAGACACAAGAAGGCGCCUACAGCUUUCUCAAAACAUUUGUCAAGAAUGCUGGCUCCAGUGCGCAUUUGCCAGAAGAAGAUAACGAUGCUGAGGAUGAGGAUCUGGCCGAUGGCGGCGGCGAGGCAACGGCCGCAAAGUCCGCAAAGAGAAAGGCCAAGAACCAGGUCCCGUCAAGCAUGACAUUGAGCAAAUUGGGACUAUGCGGAAUGGCACUAGUUGAGGAAUCCGCAGACUACAAAUCGCUAUUCAGUACCGGUGUGGGUCAGCUUGAGGCUGGCCAUGUCAGUGCCCUUGAUAUCAAGUUGCUCGAGAAGCAAAUGGAGCUCUUGCUCUGGGACAGGGGUUCUGGGAUUGGGCGAUGGGGUUUGCUGGGCAAGUUGGAUUCAUCCGCUGAACGCAUCAAGUGGAACUUUGGUGAUGCUGAUGAGGAGUCCAAAGCUUUUUCCAGCGGCAAUGCUCAGCAAGUGGCCAAGGUGGCAAAGAAGGUCCAAAGCCAACGGCUUAUGCUGCAGGUGAAAGACCUUAAGAACAAUGAGGCCUUGCAAAGGAGUCUGGAAUUCCCAUUUCUGGGUUCUGUGAGCACUGUUCGGACGGCGCACUCCAUUCCUCUUUGCAAGGUGUUUGACGUUCCCUUUUUCAUGAAUGCGCCGCCAAACCCGAGUCCGACAAGUCCAGUUGUGAUUCCUGCUUGGCUCGUGGGAACAACCAACAAAAAGGAUAAAGCUACCUUGGUCGAGAACCAAGUCGUGUGUCAGCUCGCUACUCGACGUUGCAUUUUGCUAACUCCAAACAAUCUCGCAGUGACAACGGCUAUCGCUGAAUCAGAUGAUGAACUCCCCAUGGUCAAGUACAUUCCAACAAAGAAGGAAAGGAGCAUACAGGCCUUUGAGGAAACUUGUUCGGGUGCUGAUACACCGUUCGAAUUUGGUUUUCCAGCUGCUUUGACCGAGAGGCGCACGGCCAUGGAAGGUGCGGGGUUGGCCACGUCUUUGCCAACUCUGACUAAAGAGCAAAAGAAAUUGGAGAAAGAAAAGAAGAAAGCUCUCACCAAUGCAAAACACUUGCUCCACUAA